AUGUCGGGGAGCGAUGAUGCUCCCCUCAAUGUGGACGAGUCCGAUACCAUGCAGCUAAUACGACAGGCAGUUUUAUUCGAAAACCUUGAACUUGUGACCGAUUUAAUACGAGAAAAUCCAUGGAGUUUAUCAAGAAUGGAUCGGCAUGGUCGCACUCCUCUCAUGCUUGCCGCCCAUAAUGGCCGAGUUGACAGCUUGAGGACACUGCUAGCGUUGAGCGACAAUAAUGUAAAUGCAAGUAAUGGUGCUGGUAAGACCGCCUUGCAUUUGGCCGCUGAAGCUGGAGAAGUUUCGGCGGUUCGUCAGCUUCUUGUUGCUGGUGCGGAUACGGAACGUCGUGAUGCAGCUGGUCAUUGUGCGUUGGAAUCUGCUCACAUUGCUGGACACGAUAACGUUGCUGCUGCGAUCAUUGAAAGCAUUCAACUCGAGAAUGACAAAGUGAAUGAGGCACAUGCUCACUUAAUGAUUGCUUGCGCCGAAGGGGAUGUUGACGCUAUCGAUCGAAUUCUUGCCACUUUUCCUGUGAAAGAUCAUUAUGCGAUACUCAACGGUCGUAGUCCGGAAAGCGAUACUGCUCUUUUCAUUGCUUGCACGAACGGCCAAUUCGAUGUCGUGAAACGACUGCUCGAGUCCGACUAUGAUCACAUUUUGGUAAAUCAGAACACUAAAGACACGGUGCUUCAUGCCGCCGUAUCGUCCCAG